AUGAUGCAGGAGAAGAAGAGGGCGGCGGCGGCGUUGGUGAAUGGUAUCGCGGGGAACGGGAACGGGCGUGCUGCUGCUUCUUCUGCCGUGGAAGGACAGGGGCUGUCGAACACCAAAGCUGCUGGGCCGACGUUUCAAGUGUGGAGCAGGGACAGCCAUGGGUUUUGCACCGAGUGCGAAGACACGAGGGCCACCGUGCUGUGCCACGAGUGCGACGAGGCGUACUGCUCCCUGUGCUGGGCGGCGUUGCACCGCAGGGGUGAGAGGGCCAAGCACGAGACCAUUCCGCUGGGGAGCGAGGAAGAGUUAGCCCCUCCGCCGGAGGCACUGGAGGAGUCCGGUUGGCUCGCCGGCGUCUGGCCUUCCCAACGACCCCGCGCAUCACCACACCCGGCAAUACCAGCGUCAUCGUCUUCUUCGGCAGGAGCAGGGACAGAAGUCGGAGGCGUUUCUUCGGAGAACGGGGGCGGGGCUUCGGCGGGGGCAGCGGCUGUUGUUGUCGCGAGACAAAAUGGUAACGGGGCCAUCGUCGGCAACGGCGCGGGGCCGGCGAACGGGAAGAGUGCGGAGGGAUGGGAGGGAGAUUCUGCGAAUAGAAAUACAGAAGCGGUACCUGUUUUUUCUUCGGGUUCUCCCGCUGCGGCAACGGGCGCACAAUCGAUUACGGGGAACGGGGAAACGGCGGCGGCGAAAGGAGGGGCAGUGGUGGUGCCAGGGGGGCAGCCCAAGAAGACGCCGCCAGGGUCUCCAACCGGAGGCUUUUCCAACGGCAAGAACGGCGCGAUCCCUACUGGAGAUACGAAGAAGAAUACGCAUGGUGAGGUAGGCAUAGACGCGAAAGCGGAGGUGGAUGUGGCGGGCGGGGGACGAGGGCAGGGCCGGCAUUCUCAGGAGGGCGAUUGUUCCGCCGUGGGUGGUAUCGGCGGCGGCGGCGGCGGCUCGGAGAACGGUAGCACCCCAGCUGCAGGAAGGGCGGCCAACGGGGACGCACGGCUGCGCGCAGAGGAGAGCACCGAGAACGGGCACGGGGAGAGCAGCAAUAACGGCCUGUCUUCUAGCGCGGUGGCAAAGGCUGGCGGGGAAGAAGCAGCGGCUGUGGUGUCGGCACCAGCACCGAAGGCUGGGGCAACAGGUUUGGAUGAUAUGGAUGUCGAGGUGCCGUUGUUUUCCCCGGCUGCGAUGGAAGCAGCGGCAGCGGGCGGUGGGACGGACGUCGAGGUGCCGCAUGCCUCGGCACCCGCGUCGGAGAAGCCCGUCGGCGCUAACGGCGGAGGCGUGUCCGCGGGCGGUGAUGAGGCCGCAGGACCGGCCAGGGAAGCGACAAAGUCAGAGAAGGAGAGUCUCGUCGAUCUGUACCGCAGAUCGACCAACAUUCCCCUCCGGCUGGACCCUCGAGAAAGGGAGAUCCUUGGCGUGCUGGAGGGCUCGCUGCACCAUGUACAGUACACGGACCAAGUCGAUCGCAUCAUGCGGGGCAACAGGCUGCCGUACGUGCUUAAGAACCUCGGGCACUUCUUCACGAGCGUGUGGGGGAUGUACAAGGCGUCGGGGGUAUCGCUGCCCACCUACUCCCCGCCCAGCGGCGCGGCGAAGAGGCUGCAGCCUCGGCACCUUCCUCCGUCCGUCAAGCCUCCUUAUCAGAACGGGGGCAGCAGGGGCGGCCCAGCCCCCGUCUUCUCUGGGAAAGCUCGGGCGGCGGGCGGCGGCCGCAACGGCAGCAGCAGCAGUGGUGGCGGUGGCGCGUACGCGUGGUCGGUAGCUGGUGCCGGGGGGGGGAAGGCGCCGGCGGCAACGGCGUGCGGGGAUGGAGCCACCGGCUACCGGGAGGACUCUUUUGUCCACAAGCGGACGGGCUGGGGUUACACGCUCGACUGGGCGUGCGCCCUCAGAACCUGCUUUGAGGUGGGGCGGAGACACAAGAUCUUGAAUCCGGAGAAAAUGCGGAGCGCCCAUGGCAUGCUGGUGAGAGGGCCUGGGGAUCGGCUUUGA